CCUCCAAAAGUCUGUGAAGUGCUGGGAGGUCUCCCUGGGACAGGGAUGUGGAUAUGCCGGCUGGUCCCAGGACGUGCCAGGGCUUCGCACACUCAGCGCUGCCACGGCCAGAGAUCGGAGGGGGAUGCUCGGUCCUACCUGGCUGUAAAGGCGAUUGCUGCUGGCGGGGAAGGUCUCCUGGGCUCCCGCAGGGCAGGAUGAGGCCUGGCGUGGGAGGGAGCGAACCUGGGUUGGCAAGAAGGUGAGUUUUUGGCAGAGUUUGGUGGCCAGGAGAGGGGGUCUCCUCGGCUCGGUGGGUCGGGAGCAUGGUGUUAGCAGCAGGAGUGCAGCCCCUCAUGCCCACCCAGGAACUGGGGUCUGGCUGGCGACUUCCACCCUUGAAGUGGUUAGAUUUUUGUUAAUUGCAAUUAAUAUCUUGCCUUUUCCACAGAGCUUUUGCAAGAAAAGAGCUGGUCUCAAAAACCUUGUCAGUACUUCUUCUUUCCCAUCCCUCGGCUGGGGAGGAGGGGGGCUGGGAGGAGGUGGCGGGGAGCCCCAGGGAGCCGAUGCGGGCGGUGGAGGGAAAGCAAGGGCAGGGUUGCGGCGGGGCACGGAAUUUUCGGUUUUGAUGACUGACUGCAAAUUGCCGGAGCCUCAGCUGGGGGACAGUGUCACCUCUGCAACCUGGCUGUCCUUGCGGUGGCCGGGAGCAAGGAGCAGGGUUUUGGCUGCUGUUUCCCUUGCAAAACUGCUGGGCCAAACCCCCACACGGCUCGAGGCACCAAAGGGGUCAUGGCACGAAAAGGCCUCGGGUAGGAAACAGGUUGCACACAACGUCCUUGUCUGCUGGGAAAAGCCUUUUUUGGCAUUCUCCGCAGCAGGCUGAAAUCAAAGUUUUCCCAACUGCCUCUGUGAUUUCUGUCUGCAGGUGGGUCUGAACUUGAAUAUAAGUCAGGCAGAACCAGCCCAGUGCCACUCCUGGGGAUGUUACUGCUGCAGGAGGGAGCUGUUGGCUGGGUGCAGCCCCACCGCAUCUUCUUGCAUCCCAUGUUGCUGUCACUCUUUGGGUGAAAUUUCAUUUGGGCUUGGCUCAUUUCGGGGUGUAGGUGUCUCCUCGUUUCUGCUCCGUCAUGGCUCGGCUUGUCCCCUUAUGCCUUGCAGCACAGAGCAUCUGACAUGCAAUGAGUUUGCAGGGCCUCAGCCCACCCCGUGCAGCUGUCCUGCCCCAUGGCUGGGGGGAGGGGAGUGGCCACGCUACUCGUGUCCUCCCCCCUCGCCAAGGUUUGCAACUGUGGGUUAAUCCACCUGAAUCCCAUCGGGCUGAGCCUGUGCUGCGGGGCAGGCUGCAGCCACCUGGGAGCUGCCCUGUUGUUUGCUGCCAUAAUCUGUUUUGAAAAGGCAGCCCCUGAUGCUGUUUUUUUCCAAUUAGGCCCUGGGAGAUGAUUCUGGUAAGGCAGCGGCCGGGCUAAUUUACCAGGCAGACAUUUCAUUGAAUUAGCCCGUGAGCUGCAGAACAAAACUGGGAGAGCAGAGCCCGGGCUGGGGCAGGACUCGCCGGCAAGGUUCGGCACAAUGUUCACGGCAAAUAGCCGUGCUCUGCCAGAGCCUAAAACCUGCUCCCGAGCGCCUGUGUUAGGGUUUGACCCUUGUUGGAUGGCGGGGGUGAGCUCGGGGCUGGUACGAUGCGCCAGGCAAGGAAGGAUGGGAGUUUCUCGUCUUGUUUUCUGAGAGUGCUGGCAGCUGGCAAAAACCUCCCAUCGACUUGCAAACUGUGCAAAUCUGCGAUGGACGUCAUUGAAGGAGAAUAAAUAUAGAAGCCUGAGAUGCCACUCGUUCCCAGAGUCACUUUUCAGGCCAUAACUUUGCGCUGCAAGACAACAUCAAUUAAAGAAAAUGUAUCCCUGCAGCAAGCGGUUUUGCACGCCUGCCCAGAGGAGUUCGAUAUGGCCAGGGACCCUCCUUCCGCCAGCUCCCGUUCCCAUCAGGGACAGCGUGACACCGCUGCUUAGUGUCUCUAAUCGCUUCCAGAAAGCUGGCAAGGGGCAGGGAGGGUAACGCAGCCCUGCUCAUGUAAAUCCUGAUUUUAUUCAGCAAUGGUUUGUGCGCCGGAGGGUCCCCAUGCCUGCCCUUGGGUCGUAGCCCCCUCUCCUGAGCAGCCCAGGAGCAGGUGAGCGGCAAACGCCAAGGUGUCUGCUCAGCUUGGGGUAUUUAAAUAUUUAAACAACUCUGAACUCCCUUUUUAAGUCAGAAGGAGGAAUGGGACUGUGCCCCAGGGAGUUCGGCUCGUGCAUCCCCCUGCGAUGCCUGUGCAUCCCAUCCCGCUGCGGCAGCAGGAGCUGCAGGGCUCAGCUCGGCUCACAGUGCAGCCUGAGGCUUUUAGGGAAACCCUAAAAAUGUACAGCCUUUUGUCGGGAUGGGGUGUUGGGGCUGUGCUGUACCUGAGCCCGGGGGGCAGCUAAGCCAGUGGAGCCCAAAAUGCCCCUUUCCCGGCAGGUUGGGAUGUGCUUGGGGAGGGCGGAUGGAAGAUGGACAUGGGCUGAUCCCCAGUGACAGGGAUGCGGCUGCUGGAGUGGUUGUGUGGCCCAUGCAAGGGCUGGAAAAGGCUGUAGUAGUUGUCCUGCCCCUUCCUGGGCUUAUUUACCUUAUAAUUCCCAAGACCCCAAUUACUCCUGAGAUUGGGGCUCUUGCUCCUUCCCCAGGAGGCAUUACCUCCCCUUCUGCAGCCCUGCAGAAGAGAGCCAUGGGUUAGAGAAGGCUGGUUUAUAGCAGCAAACUAUUUUAUAGGCACAAACUGAGUAGAAAAUGAACUGCUAGGCUGCUGGCGAGCAGGAUUUGGAGGGGGAGGAGGGUAGGAAACUUUCUCCUCUCUGAAAGCAUCACCUCCAAAGAGAUGAGCAAAGGCAGCACUUCUCUUCUGGUUUGUUUCAAUUUUUUGCCUUUUUUUCUUUUUUAAAAAAAAUCACUAUUUUAAUAAGGAAGAGCCCAGCCCCUGAGUGGGGCCGGUGAAACACCGAUCCCAGCAGCCCCAGAAACAGGAAUGCCAGAGAUGGGGCACAUGGAAGCCCAGCCGUCCUCGAGGCAGCACUGGUUGGACUUGGAGGUGACCAAAGGGUCCCCAGGGCCGGUCCCUCCCUGCCCGGGGUUGUUCUUCGAGGCCGCCUGCUCGCUCCAAACCUCAGGCUAAUUGGAUGCUGCUCUCCGAGCUCUAAAUCAAAUCACAGCUCCCACGAAAUGAAGUUUUCUGGAUGCGGACGGCCGCCUGCAUCAUCCAUCACCGCCUGGCUCAUGGUGCGUCCCUCUUGGGGGUCAUCGAAGGUCAACAUUUGCCUUUUCCAGCCACUGCCAUCAACUUUUCCCUGUUAAGGAUGCCACCCGGGGAGGCAAUAACUCCAUCGAAGGCUCCCUUGUGUCCCUCCCUGCCAUCCCUGGUUGCGUUUCAGGGUGCAGUUUGGUAACAGGGCGCAGGAGCCAAGCAUGUCGGGGUCUAUUAUUAGCACUGUGUCAGGUCCCCUGAUGGAUGGAGAUAUUAGCUGGGUUAUGGACCUAUUGAUUUCUCAGGGGUUUUUUUCUCCUUUGUUUUGUGUGCAAGAGCGGCUGGAGGAGGAAAUCCAAUGCCCACCCACCUUUUGGCUCUGUACGGGAACUUUCCAAGAGCUGAAAAUCAAUUUGUGGCAGGCAGGAUCCUGCAAAUCACCGCAGCGGAGUGAGGAGGGGCUGCCGGCAUCUCCCCAUGGCCAUGCAGCGCUGCCUGUCCCAGCCGGCCGCCCCGGGGCCGGUGUGACCGCGACGCCCUGCAUGUCGUUUUCUGGGUCCAACACCUCCGUCAGUGAACAGUUUGAUGGAGAAUCGGUCGGAUGACAGCGGGAACUGUUGUUAUCACCGGGGGAAUCCUAGCAACGGUGAUCCUACUGUGCAUCAUCGCCGUGCUCUGCUACUGUAGGCUACAGUACUAUUGCUGCAAGAAAGAUGACUCCGAUGAGGAAGAGGAGGAGGAGGAGGAGGAAGAAGAGGAAGAGCCCGACCUUCCUGUGCACUCGCACCUCAGCACGUGCAACGCCUGCAACUCCCGCAUGGUGGAUGGCCAGGGCAGCCCCGCGGUCCCCCGCAGCGAGCUCAACCAGCACGGGGCUCACAACUACUGCCCGACCUGCUCCCCCUACGGCUCCCCCUUUUACAUCCGGACUGCCGACAUGGUGCGCAACGGGGGCGAGAGGGUCGCCUACGCCCCCGCGUGCUACAAGGAGAUGGGGCCGCCCAUCAACAUGGCCACCCUGCAAAGCUACCCGGUGAGCCGCCACGGCCUCCUCCGCGAGAGCUUCCCGAACCCACGGGCUAUCAGCACGGAGGUGUAGUCACCAUUGCCACUAGCACAGGGUGCCCCCAGCCGGCGCCCGCUCGAGGGAAGGGGCUUUUCACUUUUCUUUGGGGUGGGGUGGGGGUUUCCCACAGAGAAGACCCCGUAAACCCAGCCUGAGACCAGCACGGUCCUCCUGCUGAACCGCCCAGCACGGCUAAGCUUUAUGGGCGAGAAGACGAGAGAGAGACCUCGAAGGGUGAUGUUAAAACUGGCCACCUCUGAACCCAUCAUAAGUGUCAUUAUUAUUCUACUCUAUCUCCUGAAGGGACUUGUCUAAUGAGGGCUAUGUACAGUACAACCUAAUUUAAUUACCCCAGGAUCCCCCGACUCCCCGAGGCCAGAGCGAGGCCUUCGGUGUCCCCACGCAGCCACCCGAGGGGAAGCCCACUGCCUCCAGCACACAGAGUGAUGCAUGACCACCCACCAGCUGCCGCCCCCGGCAAAUCCCGCCGCUGAGCUGGGAAUGGCGGCACUCCUCAGCGAUGGGAAAGCAAAGAAGGGAGGAUCCGGAUCGUCCCGCUCCCCUCGUGCUGCAUUAGUUGCUGCUAGCAGUUAGCUUUUACAUUCGAGUGUAAAAUAGGGCACCAUCUCCCACCCGCUCCAUGCUGAAGAAGUUCAAGACAUGAAUUUAGAUCACCACCGGAGGAGGCAAAGCUGCUCGCAAAACCGCUCACCUGCACAAACGGGCACAGGCUGAUCCUUCUGUGGCCGAAGCCCCCACCUCUGCUACUCUUCACGAGCUUUCUUAAGAGCGAUUUUUAACUUGGACCCAUAAAAAUGGCAAGAUUUUACUUACGGGAAGAGUCGCACCCCUAAAUAACUGCAGUUUUGGUCACCUUCAGUGUUCAAAGCCCCUACCCAGCCCACCCUGACAGCUCUGGACAGCCAGAGGAAGGCUGGCUUUAGGACAGCUUUUCCUUUCAAUAGCAACGGCAGAGACCACCAGGUCACGUCUCCUCCUUUGCGGGGCCCACAACCUCCCACGGGAGAGUGAUGUUCAGGUGGUUGGGGUCCCCCCCAUUUUGCUUUUGGAAGAAGAGGGUGCAAGACCCGAACCUGGGUUCACCGGCUCUGCAGCUGGUAAUGACAGGCCAGCGACUCUGCCUUUCUGCAAAAAUGAAUGUGGGAAAGUUCCUUCUUCCUCCGUAAAUCAAAUUAGGUGAAAAAUUACUAAAAGGACAUCUCCAUCAUUCAUGGGCACUUCCAUAGCAACUGGUGCGGGACCACUUGGCUGAGCACUUCCCAUUCAUGGCAGGGAGGAGGGACCCGGACAGCGACGAUCCCCACAGGCGUGCGGAUGCUGUUGGAGGCAAUGACAGGGAAUGCUUGCCAUGCCUUUGCAAUAUAGGUAUGACUGCUCAGAAAUGUGAGUUGUGGGGUUUUUUUUUCACCACUGCAAUUUAGAAAUCAUCCUGCUGCUCACCGAAGGAUUUAGACUUAACCUCCCCAUUCAUGCACAGAAAAAAGCAGGUCUCAGCACAAAGGCGCACGCUACAUGAGCCUUGAAUGUCUACCUUAUCAGGCAAAAGGCUAAUUUACACUGUGGACCUGCUCAUGCCUUGGCACCUCUGCUUAAACUACCUGAAGAAAAGGAGCCAGACAAAUGCCAAAUGUCAUGACAGUCCUUGUAACCAAACCCCUUGCCCCAGCCUGCAUUUUAUGCAGCCUUUUGAGCAAAUGUUAUGCGCUGUCUCCCCCACCUCCGGCCCAGAAGGACAUUGUAGUGCCAUUAUCCUAAGAUUCAGUCUAGCUGCAUCUCUUUUAGAGAGUCUCCUUCCAUUCUCCAAAUAGCGAUAGCAGGUUUUAAAUGUCCUCUCACACUAAGGGCAGGCAGGAGGGAAGACAAAAAGCAGCAGCAAAGCUCUCUGGAUCCCACUGGCCCGUAGCCUGUAGCUCCUACUGCUUCCCAUCCAGGCAGUACUCCUCCCUGAAAAUACAGUCUGUGACUGGAAAAAAAGUCUUGGCUAACUCAGUAAAUGCCAUCCUUUCCCACUAGAGCAUCUGCUCAGCUAGGUCUCAUCCUGCUGGGAGCCACGAGAAGUUAGUAUGUCCCAAAGUGACCUGCGGGCUGCCACCCCCAUGGCUCUGCCGGACGGCCCUGCCAGCUCACGGGCACAGCAGCUCCCGGCAUCCAACUCUACCUCUUGGCAUGCAGCAAGGCCUCCCACCGCACUGGCAGCACAUGCCAGGCCGUCACCUCUGGAGGGUGGGAAUAACACAGGGGGCUUUUGCGGGUCACCCUUCUGGUGAAAGGAAGGCAACUGCAUCAUCAUCUUCAUUACAUGCAAAUUAAGCGUGACCUGUUGCCUGCUAAUGAGGCGCCAAGGCUGGCAAGGCAGUUGCAGAGUAGCUGGAUGGCCAAGAUGAGGGUUAGCCUCGCAGCCAACACAACACCCUGGGUCUGGCACGGCUACAGAGAAAUGGGUGAGUCUGAAAAGGCUGGAGACACGGGAGAUGCAACUGUGGGUUAGAAGGUUUUUGGAGACAGUGGAGAACAGGACAGGGUAGGGGCAAGGAUCCCAGAUUUUUUCCACUUCAGAUUCCUCCUGUUAUUAUUCUCUUUGUUGCUCAGCUAUGGGUCCAAAUUCAAUGUCAGAAAUAAACAAGGACUUUGAAAUACAAACCAG